AUGGACCCGCGCUUCCAGCUGCCGACGCCGGCGCCGUCUUCCGGCGGCGGCGGCGGCCCGCCGCGAGGGCAUCACCGGCGGGCCCACUCGGAGACGUUCCUGCGCUUCCCCGACGCCGACCUCCUGCUCGACCCCGACGGCGACUUCUCCUUCUCCGACCUCGACUUCCCCUCCCUCUCCGACGACUCCCCGGCGGCCUCCGACCCGACCCCGCCCCUGCCGCCGCCGAUGGCGUCCAGCGCCUCGCCCGCGCCGCGGCCGCCCGGCGGGAACCACAACAGGAGCCUCUCCCUCGACGCCGCCUUCUUCGAGGGCCUCGCCUUGCAGGGGGGCGGGCAUAAGAGGAGCGGGUCCAUGGAUGGGGUCAACUCGCCGUUCGAAGGCGAGUCCGCGCUCUCUGGCGGCCUGCCGGACUACGCCAAGAAGGCCAUGCCGGCCGAGAGGAUCGCCGAGCUCGCGCUGCUCGACCCCAAGCGCGCUAAGAGGAUAUUGGCGAACCGGCAGUCGGCGGCGAGGUCAAAGGAGAGGAAGAUCAAGUAUACCGGUGAGCUGGAGAGGAAGGUCCAGACACUGCAGACCGAGGCCACUACGCUAUCAGCGCAGCUUACGCUUCUCCAGAGGGAUACUUCUGGUUUAACUGCCGAGAAUAGAGAGCUGAAACUUCGGUUGCAGUCCAUGGAAGAGCAAGCUAAACUACGAGAUGCCCUAAACGACGCCCUGCGAGACGAAGUCCAGCGACUCAAGAUAGCUGCAGGGCAAGCUCCAAACAUGAACGGGAAUCCCUUCAAUGGUGGACUCCAGCAGAUACCAUCCUAUUUCUCUCAACCGCAGCAGCGGCAGCAGCAGCAACAGCAGCAGAUGGCGUACUUAGGUGGGCACCAGGCUCAGCGUCACCAUCCAAACCAUCAACAGAGCCCAUCGAACGGUGGCCAAUCGCUGAGUGGUCAGUCCCUAAACGACUCCAUGGAUUUCAUUUGAGGAACCGGUGGGCCCUCGGUAUUAAACCAUACAUCAACUGCAUCUCAGCAUUGUAAAGAUAGCUAAUGUACAAUGUAUGCAUAUGAAUCAUUGGUAGGUUAGCUAGCCGUUCUUUGUAUCAUUAAUCAGAAAGCAUUCUCUUGUAUGACAUAAUCUUUCCUUCCCCUUUCUUUAUCGGUUUCUGGAGAACAAUUAACUAUGCUUAACAUUUUAGCACCUGUCA